AUGCACUACCUCACCCUAGCAUCGGCUCUCGCCGCCACCGCGCUGGCCCAAACCCCCGCGGGCAGCUACCCAUCCUCCAACAAGAACCUCGGCGUCGCAUACCCCAAUGCCACUGUGACACCAGGCGUCUGGGUGAAUCCUGACUACGUCACCACCCAACCAACCAUCUACCCAACCCACUACCACCUCUACGACGGCACCUACAUGAUCCUCAUGCUCGAUCUCAACAUCCCCGACUCAGACGUCACCACAGCCGCAUACUACAACACCCUGGUCCCAGGUCUAGCCGCCAACACAACCACCCGUCUGCACUGGUGGGGCGGCAACUAUACCGUCCAGAACGGCCACUUCGUUAAUGCCAGUGAUGCGCUGGCGGAGUAUACGGCGCCUCGGCCGAGAGAUGCAACCAAUCAUACUUAUACGUUGUAUCUGUUUGAUCAGCCGGAGGGAUAUGUGCCCCCCGAAGAGGCGUUAGAUGGGACGUAUUAUUCGGAGACGACGGAUGCGAGGUUUAAUUUUACGUUGGAGACGGUGGUGAAGGCGGUUGGGGGGCCGGUGGCGGCGAAUUAUUUUCUGAGUGAUGCUUAG